AUGACGGACGAAGUAAUUAAACACUCUGUGCACACACUAGUGUUCAGGUCACUGAAAAGAUCUCAUGAUAUGUUUCUAGCUAAUCAGGGGUUAUUACCGCCAAUUGAUGAAAAAGCAGAGAAACUUUUAAAGAGUGUUAAGGCUCGUGACAGUUAUGGACAAGUGAUGUCAGCAGUUGAGAAGGCACAGGCUGUGAAGCAACAAGAGGCACAAAGCCGACCAGAAACUCCACAUGAUACAGAAAUGGCAGAAUCAGCUGCACUAGGCUCAGAUGGAGCAGUGUUGCCAUACAAUCCAGGAACAAUGGCACCCCCAACCACCUAUGGAGCACAAGGCCCUACCGCUGCUGGGACCACUGCAGUUGCACCUCGUAGACCUCCAGCAGCACCUCGUCCCAAAUGGCAUGCUCCAUGGAAACUGUUUCGAGUUAUAUCUGGACAUUUGGGUUGGGUGAGAUCUGUGGCGGUGGAGCCCGGGAAUGAAUGGUUUGCCACAGGUGCGGCUGACAGAGUUAUUAAAAUUUGGGACCUAGCAACUGGAAAAUUAAAAGUAUCACUCACUGGACAUGUCAGCACAGUCAGAGGCUUAGAAGUAUCACCAAGACAUCCUUACUUGUUUAGUUGUGGGGAGGACAGACAAGUUAAAUGUUGGGACUUGGAAUACAAUAAGGUGAUCCGGCACUACCACGGGCACCUGUCGGCCGUGUACACGCUGGCGCUGCACCCCACCAUCGACGUGCUGGUGACGGCCGGGCGCGACGCGACCGCGCGCGUGUGGGACGUGCGCACCAAGGCCAACAUACACACGCUCACCGGACACACGGACACCGUGGCCGCGCUCGCGUGCCAGGCCGCCGAGCCGCAGAUCAUCACCGGUUCACACGACUCCACGAUACGUCUCUGGGACCUAGCGGCUGGGAAAUCAAUGUGCACGCUCACAAAUCACAAGAAAUCUGUGCGCGCCAUAGUGAUCCACCCCACUCAGUACACCUUCGCGUCCGCCUCGCCGGACAAUAUCAAGCAAUGGAAAUGUCCGGAAGGAAAGUUCAUACAAAACCUGUCCGGGCACAAUGCUAUAGUGAACUGCAUGGCCGUGAACCCUGAGGGAGUAUUAGUGAGUGGUGGAGACAACGGCACCAUGUACUUCUGGGACUGGCGGACUGGUUACAACUUCCAGAGGUUACAGGCGCUAGUUCAACCGGGCUCUAUGGACUCGGAAGCGGGGAUAUUCUCGAUGACAUUCGACCAGUCAGGAUCGCGUCUGAUCACCACAGAAGCCGACAAAACAAUCAAGAUAUACAAAGAAGACGACACCGCUUCGGAGGAAACCCACCCCAUUAACUGGCGCCCGGAGAUAUUGAAGCGGAGAAAGUUUUAA